GAUUUUCCCGCCAUGGAUACGACGGGAGGUCAAAGGUCGAGGACAACAUGGCGGCCCAAGUGACCUGUUGCAAAGCAGGUUGUUGUUCAGAAAUGAGCUGACACAGAAGGUUGAAUUGGCCAUGUUGGGCGGCCCGUCUUUGCUGGCGAGCCUGGUAGUCCGGUGUCGGUCGUGUUGUCGUCUGCAGAGGAGGACGUUUUUCUGGAGAAGCCCGGCCAAGUUGUCGUACGACGUCGUGCGACCGGCGGAAGUUUCACCACGUAGAGACGUGCCCGGACAUAUUCAGAAACCUCCCUAUGCAGAAAGUGGAAUUGCCCCGUUAUGGAGAGAAGACAUAGAGAUAAAAGAUGAGGAAACAAUGGUAGGGAUGAGGGCAGCUGGCAAACUGGCGAGGAAGAUCCUGGUACUGGCUGGACAGAGUCUACAGGUUGGCAUGACAACCGAUGAGAUUGACAGAUUGGUCCACGAGUCCACUGUCAGCCAUGGAGCCUACCCCUCCCCACUCAACUACGGCGGUUACCCCAAGUCUGUCUGCACUUCUGUCAAUAACGUGGCCUGCCAUGGAAUACCUGACAGUCGGCCGUUACAGAAUGGUGAUAUCAUCAACAUAGAUGUUACAGUGUACUAUAAUGGUUUCCAUGGUGAUACGUCAGAGACAUUUUUGGUGGGAAAUGUUGAUGAAGCGGGUUGUACACUUGUUGAUGUGGCGAGGAGGUGCAGAGACAAGGCCAUCACAGUCUGCAGGCCAGGAACACAGUUCUGUGAGAUCGGCAGGACAAUCAGCUCUGUUGCGAAAGAGACAGGUUUGACGGUGAGCCCAAACUUCAUUGGACAUGGGAUAGGUGCCUUCUUUCACGGUCCUCCAGAGAUCAAUCAUAUAGCAAACAGCCUUCCUGGCACCAUGGAGGCAGGCAUGGCAUUCACCAUUGAGCCAAUCAUCAUGGAGGGGUCGCACCAGAUAACUAUUCUGGAGGAUGGAUGGACGGCUGUGUCUGUGGACAAUGGCAGGUCUGCUCAGUUUGAACACACAGUUCUCAUCACAGAGGAAGGAGUAGAAAUCCUCACUGCAUAAAUUUUAUUGAUACUGACUCAGGAAAUGUGAAAAUUGAUCGACAAUCUGGGGAGUUUCACUUUGACUAGAUACAAAUCUCAUUUAGACCUCAAAGAAGAUCAAAAGGAAAGUAUCCAAGAGAACAAGUAAUAAUAGCGAUACAGGCAAGUAAAACAGAGG